AUGCCGGAUGUGCAAUUACAGGAAGCGAUCCCGAAACUUUUGAACAAGCAAUCAAUGAAAAAUAUUAAGAAGGAAAAAUUAGAGCAACAAAACACGCGGAUUAAAGAUAUGUCGAAAUUAUUAUCUCAACAAAGAGCACUAUCAAGCAGUUCAAGUUGUAAAUGGUUAGAAAAGAAAGCAAUUGUCGAUGGUGAAUCAGUACUGCAAGGGUCUAUUGCGUUACUUACAAAUCAAAGAGAUCACUACCCACUGUUGAAGAUAAAUGAUUUACGAGUGACGGGAAGUAAAAAGUCGAAAUUUUCUCAUCUUGAAGAACGAAUGAAACAACUGAUUACAAAUAAUAGUAAUGAGAAUGAAAUGAACGCAUUAAUGGUAAAUGAUAUUAUUGUAUUCCCACGUCAACUUAAAUGGAAAUUAAUAAACACCGUUCAACGCAUACAACUACAAAAUCCAUCUGAGAAUCGUUUUGCAAUAAAGGUAAAAUGUACAGACAAUGAUUUAUACAGAGUGAAACCGGUAUUUACAUUUGUUGAACCGAAAAGUUCCGUUGUUUUUGAUGUUAAUCGACAUGAUGGUAUUGCAACCGUCGACCAUAUUCUUUUCCUGACCACUUUGGCGGAAGGAACCGGUGACGAUCCACGCAAGUUUUUUGUGGAUUCUAUGACAAAUAACGAUAAUAUUAUCAAUGAUUAA